AGUCCGGUGCCAUGGCAACGAAACGGGUGUCAUGGGAACGAGCUAGUCCGGAAGUGGAGGGAGAUUCGAAAAACUGCCGCGGACUGUAAACAAACGCAAACUCCGCUUGUUUUUGGAUUAUCCAGUAAUAGUAAGAUUAUGUCAUGAAGAGGAAAACAGACAGUCGAUGUAUAAGUACUGAGAUUAAAGACAGCUAUCGAGGAUUCAACUAGCUACACGGUUAGCUCGUUAGCUAACGACUGGAUCAAUAUGCCCAAACAUGGAUGGAACCGAUUUAAAAUCCAAAGAAUGUAGGAAAUAUAAACACCAUCCGAGAUUCUACAUUGACGCCAAACAUGGAAAUAAAGUUUGAAGUCUUGCUGUCCUCCAGCAUCAGGCGAAGAAAACCUUGGCCGCGAUUCUGCUGGCUUGGAAAGGAGAAGGAAGGGGUCUUUCUUUUGGAUGACACUCGCAUAAGUGAAAUCAAUUUGGUAACAGGACAGACCAAAAGGAAGACGCCAAAACUUCAACCCUUGUUGCCAAGAGUGGUCACGAUGUCCGGCUCUCAGAACGGAAUGUGGUUGGCUGGAAUACUGGUCUCUGGCGAGCUAUUUUUGUGGAACAGAGACAAGGACUCAUUAAAGACGGUCACGUCUGUGCCUGCAGUGUAUGAGCUAGUGUCUUUAUGUAAAGCCACUUCCCUGCAUCUCUCUCUGCUGGUCUCAGGGGAUGGAAAGAGAGUUCUCCUGGUCACUGUCACAGGGCAGGUUUUCCUCUGGGAAUGCCUGGCACCUAAGGAACUUUACAGCCUGCGAGACGGCACCAUCAGGGGACGCUGGAGUCAGAUAGUAUCCUCGGAAAAUGCGCAGCUGCCCUCGGCCAAAAACAAAGAGGCAUCACUGCACUGCGUGUUUGUGCAGAGUCAGGCUGUAGGCGACGUGUGCCUGAGUGCUUUUGUCUUCAUCAGUGGGGAACAUCUCACUGUCACCUUCCUGAUGAUGCACUGGGAGGAGCCUCGGGAGAGCACGCUCAGUUCGGAAGGGUACAGUGUACAGUGGGUCACUAAGUCUUACCCACUCGGUGACCUCAUGCCUCCGUGCCAGCCUGUGGAAUCUAGAGGGGCGCUGGUACCGGCAUUCUCACCGGAUGGACAACUAUUAGCAGUAAUCCUUAACCAGAAAGAUCCGAGGGCUACUCAGGCAUUGUUUAUAAGCCUCCAGAACUUUGUGACUGUAACCAGCCUGCUGGGAGGAUGUGGUAGUAAGAGUCUCUCUAUCCCGCGCAAGUAUCUGAGGUCAUACUGGGUGAGCAGCGCCAGCUGGACCCCUGAGGGCCUUUAUCUGGCCUGCGUCCUGAAGCGAGGCUCUCUCCUGAUGCUGGCCCGACUGGGCGGACUGGUCUCGCUCUCCACCACCGGGUGUGACGUUGAGUUUGGCCCUGCACACUUCCUGCCUCUUCACCCACUAGUCACUUACAGACCUCCGGUGGCGCCAGACGACGCCUGCUCCAGCUCCGGCGCAUCCCUCCGUGACACCAUGAGGCAGCGCUAUUCGGUCACCUGGCACCCACGUCUGCCCUGCCUCAUCGUGUCAGACGGCUACAUGGCAACCGUGCUGAAGGUGCCCGCCCGGCCCUCCGCCGUGGCCCUUCUGAGCCACCUCCUGCUGGAUACGGCCCGGGGUCUGGAGAGGGCGCGUGCGGUACUGGGGUCAGAGCAGCCCCAGGUCAGGCCCAAGCUGGAGUCCAUGUCCUCUCUGAAGUUCACGGCGAGUCUGGCGGCCCUGAAAGAGCAGGAUACGACAAUGUCUACUCUACCGCUGUUUCUCCGAGACGGAGUGGGAACAGGAAGCUUGAGAACCACUGUUGAUAGAGUGCAGGGUUACGAUGACCGCUCGGACUCGGAUGAAGGUCAGUACGUGCCCGCGGUGAUGGAGCAUGGGGGCAGGUUGGAAUUUGCCUCGAUGUUCGACACCCUUCACGCCCAUCCCCAGUCUGAACCGGAGGACGCGGACCAAGGCGUCUCCACCGCCCUGCAGGAGCUGGGCGCGGCGCGGCGGAGCCUGCUAACUGCCUGGGCUCUCGGCCUGUCUCUCGGCGGGGCUGUGGAUCAGAGACGGCGCUUGCUGAGACUGGCCAUCUCCUGCGCCGUCCAGCUGGCCCGCCUGCUCCGGAUCGCCAGGCCCGGGGGAGGAGCCGAGGCGUCUUGCGUGUUCGACCUCCUCGGGACGCUGCUCUCUUUCCUGUCUUGGGACUCUCCCAGUGAGCGAGGCAGGAGCUGCCUCGGGGUGGCCGUGGACCUCGCUGGGCGCUUUGCCCAUCUCUCCCUCGCCGACGGUGUUCGAUCCUCUCGGAGCUUCGCGGAGACUGUUCUCCUCCUCCAGGAGGUUUCUAAGAGUCUGGACCAGAGCUACAGUCUUCCUCAGAGAAUGGCGCAUCCGGCACAGGGCGAUCGCCCUCCCUCUCUCUCAGACAUGUUCCUUGUCCCGCUGUUACAGGACGCCAAGGAGUCUGAAGCUGGGACAUCACAUCUGUUGCUGCUCAACAGACCUUCAAAGAGAUUGGUGGCAAUAUGGCGGAACUUGUACAGGCAGGCGUUACAGUACCAGGCAGAGUUAUACGGCCACAGAGCCCCGUCGAGCCAAAGCAAGGAGCUGGAGAACAUGUCGAAUAUCAUUUCUCAAAUCCAGGAGGUUCUUCAAAAAGCUGGAGACCAUCUGGAGCGAAGUCAUGCCCUCCACGACAUAACAGGUGAGCGGCACUUUAUUUUAGGCGAAUACCACGAGUGUAUCCAGGCUUGGUGGGACCAGCUGUGGGCAGAGAGCGAGAGAGCUGGUCCGCGCGCGUGCUUCCUGGAGACCCGCUACUGCCUGGCUCUUCUCUUCACCCGGCUCUUCUGCUAUCAGCUGAGGGAGGCCCAGGCCAUGUGUGACCUCCUCGCCUUCCAGCUCCAGUCGCAAAGCGGCAUGGCGCCAGAAGACGACCCAGCAGCCCACGCGCCCUCUUCCGGGAACGGGGGUCCGUUUGACGGCCGGCUCCUGUGGCGGGUGAACCGCGAGGCGGCCUGCGCGGUGGUGCAGUCCUUGGGCCGGUUCAUGGCCUCCUACUUCACCAACCAACCCCUGGUUAUUUUGCCCCCACACAACGUGGACGUCCUGCCUCCUCUGCACCUGCCUCCGGCACCCGGGCGGAGAGUGGUGGCCCUGUCUCAGAGCCGGGCGGCGGGUGCCGUGCGAGUACAGCAGCUCUCCGGCGUGUGGACGGUGGACUACGCUCUGGAGCUUCUCCUCCUGGGUGGCCUGCUGCCCGAGGCCGUGUGGCUGGCUUGGAGCCUGGGCGACUGGAAGACAGCCGCCUCCCUUGGCCUGGCGUACGGCGUCUUCUGCAGGCAGCACUAUGACUUCGGCAGGCUGAAAUGGCGUGAGCUGCACCUGCCCGCCGAGCUGCGGCCCGGCCAUAUCUUCCAGGUCCAGCUGGAGGCGUUGAUGGGCGGCACGUCUGGAUGUGGCAGAGAUGACCCAGAUACGGUGGACGCGGAUGAUGCGGAGGCGCUUCUCGUCUCCGUGCAGGAGAUCCUGAAGGCCUCCGCCGUGGCGGAGGUGGACGUCGUCUCCCGGCCCCUCGGCCAGCUGCUGGACUCGGCCAAGGAGCGCGCCUCCGCGCUCCGCGCUCUGGUGCCUCAUGCGUUCUACCUCCCCGCACCGCCUCUCUACUGCCCCCAACCCGCCCCGAACACGCAGGACUCCGCUGGAGGCGGGCUGCUGGCUGUGGAGAGGGAGGCGCGUUGCCGCGUGGCAACGGCGCUCCAGCGGCUGCUGCUCCUGCUCAGGGCGUCCCGCUGCUCCCAUCCCGCUGCCUGCUGGUACGUGGACGCCCUGCGGCGCUGCCGUCUGCUGUUCCGCAAGGUGAAGAGGGGGAACGUGGAAUCGAAAGAUGACGUUCUCCCCGAGGGGUUAAAGAAGUUCACCAAUGGGCACGGGGUUUUCCGCCCGGGGCCUGGCAGGAACAGAGACAUGGACAGCGUUGCUAAACAAACCAUAGUAUGCUUCAGGGAGCUGUGUGGACUCUGCUGGAUGCUACACGUUCGUGACCAGCUCACCGUCUCCUGUAGGAGGUACCAGAAUGCCAGGAACAAGUCAAAAGACUUUCAGGCUGUGGAGCUGCACGAGGAGGCCCUGCGUCAGGCGGAGUUGCGCGAGGAGGCCCUGCGCUGGGCCUGUCGCUUGCUGCCGUUCUCCCGCUUCCUUACAGCGGAGGAGGUGCUACAGGACCUGGUCCUCAGCUUAGUGGCCGAACUGCCCCCCGGCCUGACGGUGGCGGAGACGCUGGCCCUGGUGUUUCCGGAUGAGGAGGAGUCCGUGCGGGUGCCCCUGCGGGAGAAGUACAGCUCACUGCUGCAGAGAUUGGGACGCUGCUCUGUUCACACUUCUGCCUCAGCCACACCACCCAGAGGGGUGGGGCGUGAGGAAGAGGAGGGAGAGACGAUGAUGGUCCUGAUCCAGGAUCAGCGGCGCCAGCGACUCCGGGAGGAGCGGCGUCUGGCGCGGAGCCUGGCCCCUCUGGAGCGCCAUCUCUGGGAGACAGAGGAAGAAGACACCAGGGGAGAUCCUGCCGCCAUAUUGAACCGGUUCUCCUUGGGCAGCAGCCUGAGCGCCAGCACUCUGACGGAUGGCGAGCGCCCCCUGGUAGUCAGCGAGGGGGACAUCACUGACACGCCAUCUGAGUCUCGUUCUCCAGACCCACAGUCAAGGCCUCAUCACAAGUCAAAAGACGAGAGAAGAGUGGGCGUAAGCCUGAAGUCUGUGAACGAGGGAGGACGCAGGGUGUCCGUUACGGAGCAGGGGGAGGACAGAGGUCCCUGCCUGCCCACUGUGGGCACGUGGCGGUUCGAGCUGGAGGAUGAGGAGUACCCCCGCUUUCUGGAGCUCUUCCUCAGCUACGUGCUAGAGAAGGAUGGCCUGGAUGUGGAGGAGGCGGAGCUGCCACUGCUGAGCGGCUUCUCGUCCCAGCUGUGUCAAAGAGAGCUUCACUCCGACGCCUUUGACGUGCUGAGCACACUCCGGCGCCGCCAGGCCGGCCAGAGACGAGGCGCACGGCUCCCCGUGUUCCGCGCCGGCCGCUGCUUCCGCACGUUGCUGGAGUCUCCCGAGCCUCCCACGUCCGUCGGGCCCGUCCUGUCUCCAGCUCCGACUCGCACCGGCGCCGUGCCUGGGAAACGGCCGGGCUUGUUCGGCCUCCGACAGCAGGGCGGCCUUGCGCCGGGAGACGCUCCCCUCGAAGGCCGCACAGCGAACGUGGAAGCCAACCCCGUUCGGGACCCGCUCCCGUGGUCCUUGCAAACUGAACGCUGGCCCUUUAAGACCGUCCUGCAACCUGACGUGGAGCUGCAGCUGGGGCUGGACUCCAGACUGGAGGCCCAGUUCCCCCGGCUGGCCCGGUUGCUGGAAUGGAUGCUGCGCUGGGCGGACAGAAGCGUUCUCCUCACGCAACCCCUCAGGAAGAAGCCAGAGGGCGCCGGCGAGCCUGUGGUCAUCAGGGCUAAAGCUUCGGCCCCUGCUGUGCUGUCUGCUCUGAGGCUCCUGGAGCUGAGGUAUACGGCCGCCCUGCUGGGAAUCGACAGGCACUACGACCAGAUUCAAGUCCCCCACAGGGAGCUCACCGUGGCCCCUGUCCUGCAGCCACAGCCGGGCUGGACGAGGGACCGAGAGAGCAGUCUGGACACAGGCUACCCCGCCUCAGCGGGCACACCCAUCACCAUUCCUGACCUGGACCUCCAGCAUGGACCCAGCUCACCGGCGUGUGAGCCAGAGGAGGUUCAGGAAGAACACAACGACCCUAGCCUGCCCGGGCACAAGGGCGUGACCUCUGACCUGGGUGGUGAAGCUAGCUUUUCUGGGCACAAGGAUGUGACCUCUGACCCAGACGUUGAAGAAGAGGAUGCUACACGAGAGAAUAAGCUACUCCCACUGGCUGAUUCGGAGGGUGACAGCAGCACACAGCAGACCCACAGCAGAACACUGAGUGGACCCAGAGACAAGACUUUGACACUGUCAGAUUUAGAAGGCCCAGGGACGGAUGAUGACUCCUCUGAAACUAUUUCUGAGGAAGGAACUACGCUAAAGGGUGGACCUGAAAAAUCUAUUAAGGAAACGGCGUGCAGUCCUGUCUGUGGUGCUCCAGAACCAGCGUCCGUUCUGCAGAUGCAGCAGCACUGUGCUCCCGGGCCAGACCCUCUGGCUGGGGCAACUCCAGCCAGCCGGCCCCCCACCGGGGCUCUGCCCCAGAAUGGAGCAGGAACACACCCUGACCCCGUCAGACAGCUUCUCCACGAUGAGCUUUUCAGAUUAGUGCAGCUGCAGCAGAUCAACUUCAUGAGUCUUAUGCAAGUGGUGGGAGCCUCUUUUGCCAACCUGCCCCUUACCCAGGGCAACCCCCUGCUGACGCAGCCCAGCGGGUCUGUGGUGCCCCCAGCUAGCCCUGCCCAGGUCUCCCAGGACACGGUGCCCGAGAACAUGGACAGGCCCACGUCUGCUUCUGGGCCCAAGAGUAGGAGAUCCCGGCCUGCCGGUCAGCAGGUGCCCAGCAGAGAAGAGGAACCUGGUGAAGAAAGGAGUAGUCCAGUUCAUUCAGGAGUCGACACUCGGGAAAUUCAGCAGCUGGUCAUUUCUUCACACUGGUCCAAAGAUCAGGCAGAAGGAUUCACUGCUGCUUCCCGUGGGCUUCUCCCCACUGUGGAAAAUCGUGUUCUUCUGCAGGAGCCCCCUAGUGGCAGGUCUCAGGACCGCACCAUUUUCCCCCUCCUUGGGAGGACUGUUCCGGUAUCGCGGGGGCUCCGGCUUCUCCACCUGUCCAUGCCCCAGCCAACUCUGCUGCGCCCCCCUCCGCCUGCUCCAGUAAGAGAGGCGUGGGGUCCCGCCCCCCGCCUCCUUAACCUCAGUCAGCACGUGCCCGCUGACCCCACAGCACCUCCACGGCACCUGAAUCGUAACCAGUACGCCACACAAGCUCAGCCCCCCGUCCGGGAGGCACCAUCGAAUAGGGGAACCGGAGGAGUCGCUGUCCGCCUACCUCCCGCUCCCCACACAGCGGUGACCGCCGUGGGGCUUCCUCUGCUGCGAUGUCCCCCUGCCGCCCAGGCCUGCCCUGUCCAGCUGCCCCGUCUCCCCCUCGCUGCCCCGGGGAGGCACCCCACGCCGGGCCCCGUGGCUGUAGGUCUCCAGCUGCUGAGCGCUGAGCCCGAACCACCAAGUGCGGGCUUGCGGUACGGCGCACCUCCCGCCAGGGCUCCUCGCCUGCUCCCCCUGGAGGAGCUCAGGGCCCGGGCCGCAGCGGCGGGGCGGGGAGCGGAACACAGGCUCCGGCUCCUCACGGCAGACGGAGGCACGCGGAGCGACACCACGUCCGCUCCCUCCAACAAGAGGCUGAAAAGGAGAGACCAGAAAGGAGGAGUUUCCUUCAGACCCGAGGACUCCAUCAUCCUCCCCUUGCAGCCUGAAGAUGAAGGACCUACUGUGGACGAUGACUUUGUCUUUCCUUUAGGUUCCUUCGACUCCAUGCUGACCGGGCAGAGGCUUCUGGCCGCAGCCCAUUCCACGUCGGCCGAGCUUCACGCUUUUGCCGCCACACACAAACAGCCUCCUGAAAUCCAGGACGCCGGCACCAACACUGACCCUGACCCGCCCCGCAGCGUCACCGAUAAGGCCGUCACAGCUCAGCUUCCUGUGACCCUUGACCCUGCAGCUGCUCAUGACGGACAGGGCAUGGUGGCUCCGGUAGUCCCGCCUGAUGAGUUCCUGAACCUCCUGUUUCCUGGGAACGACCCUCUGGAUCAGCAGGGUGGCUCCAGACAUGCGGAGCCUAACGCCCUGACGACUGCAGUUGGCCGGAGGUUCAUCAGUGUGGUGGAUCUGGAGGAUGAUGCGCUAUUUCAAGACUUGCCUCCUGCCCCACCCCAUGCCCCGUUUCCUGCCCACACCAUCUCCGACCCUCCACCUACGUCUGCCCUGCUUCACCUUCUGGCAGCUUCCGUGACCAACCCUGCCCCGACCGAGCCAGAGGUCGACCCCUGCCCCGACCUCAGUACUGCAGAUCGGACUGAUGAAGUCCUCGAUCGCUUGGCGACAGCCUCUCACUCCACGGUCGUGCCUUCUGUCUCUGGGGCCGGCGGUGACUCGCUUGGCACCCGGGCGCAGACAGGCGGGAGGGCCCCGGACGAGGUCGAACCAGCCCGCCACUUCGUAGAGCACGCCUCGUCGUCCCACGGCCGUGUCUCUGCUCAUCUGUCCGAGCUGGAUGCCCGGCUGGCCGCCCUACAAAGCAUCGCCGACCACAUGGACAGAGAGUUCGCCAACACCAGGCUGCUGGUGAGCACCAUAGAGACUUUGGCUCCUGUGGUCAUGAGCAGCGACGAUCCUCAGCCUCAUUCCAGUGCACUCGGCCUCAUUGAGGAAGCGGAGAGUUCCAGACACGCGGUGUGUCACGAGCUGGGCAACGUGAGGGAGGACAUGGGAGAGCCGAGACAGGGAGGGGUUUUCUCCUCCACGCCGAAAGCAGACGCUACUCCAGGCCUGAGGGGGCGCCCUUCUCUAGCCGUAGCGUCGGCGCGGAGCUUGGCCCGCCAACCCUACGCCGCUCCUACGGUGAAACCAGAGCAGCGUCCCUGGGAUGACAGCCAAGAACUGAGCGAACCUUUCAUGGAGAAUUCUGCCACUUGCUCAGGGGCCCGACACCGGCAACUCGGCGGUGGUGGGACUUUGACCGGCAAACUUCUGGUUACUAGUCAAAUACCUGAACCACUGAGUUCUAUCACUUUGCGCGUUUGUGUUACUCGUCUCGAUCUACGCCUGAUCUUUCUCACCAGACGGACUGACGACGCUUGGGCCGUGACGGGGCUGAGUGAUGUGGCAGACAUCUUGGCGGAGCUUGUGAGGGAGGGAGCCCUCUCACCCUCGGAGCUGCGCCCCUCCCCCUCUGCGGCCAGGCCGGACAGCAGGCGUGAGGAGCGGCAGAGGAGAGGCAUGGUGGAGCAGGAGAGGAAGGAGCUCCGUGCCUGGAUGAGGAGGAGGCAGAGGGAGAGACUGGUGGAGUACCACAGGCAGAGGGAGGAGAAGCGACAGCUGGAGCGCCUACCCUUCGCCCCGCCCUUCUCGAAGCCGUCCUCUAGAGACCUGACGAUCAACAAGAAAAUCAAAGAGGAGAGAGACAAGCAGGUUCUACUGAGGCACCACUCUCAGAGGGCCCACGAGGCUUGCAACCUGAUCACAGACCUGCUCUCCGCCCCGCACUCCCUCCGCCCCGCCUCCAGCGCCGGUGCCCCGCCUCUGUCCCGCGACUCCAGGCCCAGGAGUCGGAGCCUGUCUGCGGAGAAGAGGAAGACUACGCCCCCUAGCCGAAGAGGCCGAGCGCGCGCCGCCGCGCCUCUCGGAAGGACGUUGGUGCUGCAGAAGAGACCUGCCUCGCACCCACCUGCCACCCUCAGCACCAGACUGGGACUCCACAGACCCGUGAGGGCUCUUCCCGGGGAUCGGCUGUCCCAGGUCACGCGGCGAGGAAUGCUGAGUGACGAGAGGGCCAGACCCAGGAUAAAGACGGCCGCUCCACGGCCCAAAACAAGUCUGAGCAGACUGCCAGCGGAGCAGCAGAGUGCGGGGCACCGCGAGCCACCAUGUUUGGAUGACGUGGAGAAGAGGGAGGUGGUGAGUCCGUGGGACAUUCCUCUCGAGAUCCGCAGAAUUCUGGGACUAGACAGCAAAGACCAGGGACGGAGCUUGCUGGAGGGUGACCGGGACAAGUUAGACACACUCUCCCAAAGCACUGGUAGUAUGCUGAGUAAACUGGACUGGGCAGCCAUCGAGAAGAUAGUGGCUGGAGAAGAAGAGAUGUAACAGAAGAAGGGGGGUGCAGACACGCCUUGCCUGAGUUAAUAGCUGUGACCCUCACCAUUGUCCGUGACUGGUCGUUUGUGAUGAUUUCUGUACGUUUCUUGACUCUCUGUGUGUGUGUGUGUGUGUGUGUGUGUGUGUGUGUGUGUGUGUGUGUGUUUGUUUGGCUAGCUAUGUACAGGAUAAAGAUAUCAGGAACUUUGUCAAAUGCUGGAUGUUUGAUAUCAGAGAUCUGGGCAAUUCGAAAAAACAACAAUGUAUUUACUUGAUAUGCAUAGAUUAAUUUACAUAUGCAUUACUUGAUAUCCAUAGAUGUAUUUUACUGUAGCUUUUAUACUUCUGUUUUAAUGUGGGAAUAUUUAUUUGAUAUGUCACUACAUUACAUAAUUUGCUUUACUUUAUAGUAAUUCGAACCUCUGGUUUAAACACAAAAUAGUAAAGAAAUACUUUCUGGAUUUCAAGCAAUGCAGUUUGUUUACUAUGAUUUGAAAUACAUUUUUGUCAAUAUGUGCAUAAAAUAUUGAUUGUUUAAAAGGUAUAGUGUAUGUGGAAAUGUAUGUUCUCCCGUUCUUACAAGCAUUCAUACUCUAUUCCUGAAAAAUAUAUAUACAGAGUCUCAGUCUGCAGUGAGUUGGCUUUUGUAAAUUUUUGGAAAGGCAAUAAACGGGAA